CCCCUAUAUAAAUGUGUUUUUCAGCAUGCAAUACAAAGAGCAAGAAGCCAUCAAAGAAUGAAAUAGUGUAUUGAUAAGGAUUAUGUCCUCAUUCCAGGAAAUUGUCAUGAAGUUUAAAGUCCUGUUUUAUUUAUGGUUGCUGGGUCUAAUAAAGCCAGGCUUCUCUGCAGAUGUUUCUGUGUCCCCGGGCUCCUCGGCUAUCCUUAACUGCUCUGUUACAUUGCCCCCUAUGGUCGAUAAUUCACUUUUAAGGACCACCUGGUCUUUCAAUGAUUCAGUCAUUGCCUCAACAAACCACACUGAACCCGGCUUUUUCUUGAACACCACUGCUUCCUUUAUUGGCGCAUCCCCACUGACAGUUUACAAUACAACUCCAGAGCAGCAAGGGGUCUAUGAGUGUAAUGUGACCUACAAUGGCACAGACUACUCAACAGAUGUGAGCCUGACUAUUUUUGUUCCCCCUUCGGUCUACAUCAAGUCACCUGAGGUGGUUCUUAAAAGAAAAAGUGAGUUUGAAUGUUGGGCGAUGGGGUUUAGUCCUCCCGCAAUAAUGUUUACUUGGACACGUGCAGGAGAGAAAAUCCCAGCACCCCAUAAGCUGCAAGUUAAUCGUACAAAGGAUGGUUUUUAUGAUGCUGUCAGCUGGUUGACCUUCAUCCCUGAACUCUCCGACCAGAACACAACAUUUGGCUGUGAGGUCCAGCAUCCAGCACUGGCGAAACCAACCACAAAAACGUUUAAGCCGCAAGUGAUAGUGCUUCCAAAGGUCACUCUAUCUACUGUCCCCUCCGCUACUCACACCUCUCCACUCACGCUCUCCUGUGAGAUCACUGGUUUCUUCCCUCACAAUGUAUCUGUUCUAUGGAUCCAAAAUGGAAAAGUUCUUCACGAGCAUUCAUCAGCUGUACAGAAUGAGUAUGGAUUGUACAGAACACAUAAGUACCACACCUUGAGUCUGGAGGAAAGGAACAGAGGGGGAGAAGUGCAGUGUGUGGCCCAACAGCCCCAUGUGCUAGAACCUGCCUUUGGAACCAUUGACCUAUCCACAGUGGACGCACGUGGUACUGUGCAAAAGACGCAAAAUCCAGGACUAAAUAAAUCAGCAAAGGCUUCAGUGGCGAUGAUGAUAAUUUCACUCACACUUGUUUUCUUGCUCUGCUUUGGAUUCUCCUGGAAGAGAAGUGAUGAGAAACUGAAGUCUCUAAAUAUAUCAGCAAUUGUUCUGCCACCCAGAGUGGUUGUGGGCAAGAAGGGCAGAGUCACAAUCAGCGUGGAAGGCAGGUUGGCAGACAGAGUACAGACGACUUGGUUCCUAAAUGAUGUUCCUAUAACAGACACUUCAAACACAGGUGUGAAAAAAUGUUGUUCUUUCCGUUCGGCAGCCUACACGUCUCGCAGCUCUUGUGUGUCUGAGGCAUCUGAUAAAGGUCCUCUGCUGAACUCUACUGCUGCAGGAUAUUACAAACUCCACACUCAGCUGCCACUGCGCUCAUCCUCUGCUUCAAACAAACAGCUCUUCUCCUCCCUCACCUUUAUACCCAAUCUGUCCAUUCACAAGGGAGCAGUCUUUAAAUGCCGGAUCUCAUAUAAGGGCAAAGACAAGACUGUGGCAGAGAGAGUAUCUGAUAAGUUUACUAUUCUAGCACCCCCUGAAAUUUCGGAGAUCCAAUUCUCAGAGCCGAAUGAGGAACGAGGUGUUGUGACGCUGACAGCCCAGGCCACUCACUUUCAUCCAGACAUCAUCACUUUUCGCUGGUUCUGUGAAGGAGGGGAGCUUUGCCCAGUGUCUAUCCCUCCAGCUCUGGCCGCGCCUCGGCCUGAUGCCGAAGGUUUCUUUUCCGCAAUGAGCCAGUGCAGGCUUCCCAAAGCAGAGCUGGAAAGAGGAGAGACCAGAGUGUGGGUUACCGUUCACCACAUGGCCCUCAAGCUGCCCAUCACACGGGAAACCAGAGGGUUCAUUAAAAAACCUACGGUUUCAGAAAUUACCUCCUCUCCUUCUCCAUGCAUUGAGGGGAGACCCCUAACACUUGCCUGUGAAAUAACAGGUUUCUACCCACCUGAAAUCUUUGUCAAAUGGCUGCAUGUAAAGGGGAAUGUGGCUGAGGAGGGAGAGGAAAGCAAGGUGGAAAUAAAGGAAGGAGAUGAGCUUUGGGGCCCUUUACAAACUCUGCCCAGGACAUUUCGGGCAAAUGCAUUCUUGAAGGAGGUGGAUGAGACGAUGAGGGGAGAUGAAAUCAUCUGCAGAAUAUUGCACUGCUCACUUAUGAAGCCAAUCGAGAGAGUUUGGAGGAAUGCUCAUAUGGUUGCUCCCUCCAUACCCUCUUCUUUGUCAGUACACCGGGGCAGUGAUGGUGUCAGAAUAUUCUCCAUCCUUCUUAUUGGAGGAAACCCAAAUGCUGAACUGCUCUGGGCUGCUGGUGGCAAAAUGUUCUUUAAACUUUUGUCAAAAGAGAGAGAAAAAAUAAACAGUGAGGGGAAACCAGAGCUUAGGAGUGUUUGUGCCGUGGUGAGAUCCGCAGGACAAAAGGAAAGUUGCAGAGGUGGACACACUGAUAAAAUCAGGCCACCUGCUGCAGACCUGAAUGCAGAAUACAAAAUAAAAGAAUGUGUGGAUGGACUGAGAUCAGUAAAAAAUGACCAAACGCCUGAGGAAAAGGAGUAUAUGGAAAAGAAUGAACCAGACGAGGACACGGAAGUGGAUCCAUCUUGUAUUAACAGAGUGAGUUUGACUGAUAAGCGAGAGCAUCUAAGAGUGACUGUGGAGAUCAAACAUCCUGCACUGAGCUUGCCUGCAUACCUUACAUGGACAGAGCCUGUAGAUGACAGAUUUUUCUAAUGGAUCAUCAAACCGGCAACCUUUUUUUUUUUUUUUAGAAAUGUACUCAGACCUGACGCCACAUCUUUACUGGAUACAACUUAAGUUGUUAUAUUUAUUUAUUUCAUAAAAUCUAUAUUUUCUUUUACUACUAAUUACAUAACGCACAACGAAUAAAAACACUACCAAACACUACAUAUUUUAAAGCAUAUCUGGUAUUGUAAUUAAAUAAACCAUUUACAAAGCAA